AUGCGCCUUCUUCAUGUUAUCAUCUUGUUCACGUUGUUGACCCUGGUGCUGGCUCCGCCGCUGCCGCGCUGGGAGCUGUUCGACUGGCCGUCCGAUGCUGAGCGCCUGCUGCAUCUCGACUUUCCGCGUCGAUUUGGGGUUUCUUACACCGAGGCGCAAGCGGACGAGGUGCUGAGCAACGCUCUGCUCUACCUGCAAAGGCGCAGUCCUGGUGGGUAUGGCCUUGUUCGGGCGAGCUUCAUGCCGCGCCACCGCUUCUUGACGCAUGGCAUCGACGAGCAAGAUGCCAGUCGUCGUGCACGCGCCUCGUGGUUCUCCGUCCCCCUCCUCACCUCUCCGGAUGCGACGGGUCGGCCGGAUUUCGCUCGAGUACCUCUGCCAGGAGGAGGAUCGGCACAUUCGCUCGACCUGGUGCGAUUUGACCGGUUCCAGCCGAAGGCCAAUACUGGAUUUUGGGUCCCCACCGCCAUCAUUCGCCCGCACUUUGAAACGGGUCCGCAACGCAGACUCGUCUUUAGCAUCGUGCAUCAGUACCCAACCUCACCGGUAAUGUUCCGGGAUGCUUUUCUCGCCAAUCCAAAGCCGGCGCAACGCGGCCUGAAGAAGGUGCUGCAGCAAAAACAGGACGUAUGGCUGGCAAAGCUGCCCACGGACGAUCGAAACAUGGUCCAAACCAUGUGGUCUAGAGCACCGUACUCGGGCUUGAUGCAGAGUUCGACAUUUUUCGACGAUGCAGAGCGGCGCCGCAUGAGAUCACUGAGAAGAGUCGGACGCCCGAGGGAGGAAGAAGUGACGGUCGAGAGGGCGUCAUCCCCCGAGGAAGGCUCUUCGGGCGAGGACGCGGUUCCUCCGGCGAGAGUCGAGAGCAUGAGGGCGGACAAAUUGGGCAAAUCAAGGAGUGGUCGGGAGCAACAGGACGCGGUCUCGCCGUCGUCUGAUGCGGCUGGUGCAUCCACGAGUGGAAGCACGGGAGAGAGACAGCCGGUCGAGCACAACUUUUUCAGCUCCGGGCGAGAGGCUGAUCACAUCCGCCCGCAACCGUUCGAUGGGUGGAACCACGUGCCCGUGCGGCAAAGGCUCUUGGAGGCUUCACGAGGUGAGGAGUCUGAGCUGAAUCUGGAAUUGGCUCUAGGUAGGCCGCCUUUUGGCGCUCGAAGGGGUCCAUGA